AUGCACACGACCGAGAGGAUCUUCAUUGCCAACUUUUUGAUUAUUGUGGGUUUUUUUCGUUUUUGAACCGUAUCUCUGUUUCAAUAAAUAAUCAAAUAAACUUAAAGGCAAGAAAACUUUGAUUGAUUUGCAGGGAGUCUUGCAAAAAGGCUACAUUAAUCAAUUCAUCUUGAAUAAUUGAAUAAAAAGUCAAAAAAUUGAUUUUAGAAGGAAUUAUCAUUGGAGCACAUUUUGACGCGAAAAUAUUGCCGAAGAGGAAAAUUGCAAUUUUAGACGGAUAGAAACAAAUUUUUUUCUAGUACUGACUUCUUUUUUUGUUUUUUUGGGGUUUGUACUGAAAUUAAACAUCUGAGACAUUAAACUACAAAUACAUUUUUUUCUCUAAAAAAAUCUGAAAAUCGGGUUUUUGAAAAAAAUUUCAACGUAUCACACUCCACUAACAAAGUUCGGAAAAGCUUCUUAAGGGACCACUUGAAAAAAUAGUUAAGAUAAUUCGAAGUGGCGACUUGAGGGAUUCAUGGAAAAUUUUUUGUUCUUAUCAAGGUUCAUUAUUUGAUUUUUAUGGCGAUGCUUUUCUGUUUUUUUUUUCAAGAGAAGGUUCCUCAAAAUCACUCAAGUGAUUCCUUAAGGGGCGUCUCAGGUUUUCUCCGAAUCAAGGGAUCCCUUAAGAAAUCAAUGAACUGUUCUCUUUGGGAACUUUUUCAGUCUAUGAAACUUCAAUUUCUUUCAAUUUUUACUUUUGAUAAGGUCACUAAAGUGAUCCCUUGAUUUUUCUUCAAAUGCAGGGAUCACUUAAGCGAUCAGAGAAGUGUUCUCUUAAGGGACCUUUUCAGUUCUUCAAAUUCACUAGAGUGAUCCCUCGUUUUUUCUUUAAAGGAAGGGAUCACUUAAGAGAUUUAAAAAGUGCUCUCUUGAGUGAUAUUCUUCAAUUCCUCGAGGUCACUUAAGUUUUCACGAACAGCCUGGUUGCAUCUUUAUUGAGGGUGGUGUUCUGCCGAUCAAACAAUACAAUAUCGGUGCCGUUAUAUAGCGAAACAGUUAAACGUGGCUUUCCCAGGCAUUAAGUAUUCAAAGUGAUAUUUCUUCAACUCAAGGGAUCACUUAAGAGAUCUGAAAAGUGUCCUCUUAAGGGACCUUUCUCACUUCUUCAAAUUCACUAGAGGGAUCCCUCCAGUUUCCUUCGAAUCUAGAGAUCACAUAAGAGAACGGAAAAGAGUUCUCUUAAGCGAUGUUUUUCCAUCCUUCGAGGUCACUUAAGUGGUCGCUCGAUUUUCUUUCAGAUCAAGGGAUCACUUAAGAGAUCAUUGAAGUGUUCUCUUGAGGGGCCUCUUUCCUUUCUACAAAUUCACUUGAGGGAUCCCUCCAGUUUCCUUCGAAUCGAGAGAUCACUUAAGAGAUCUGAAAAGAGUUCCUUUGAGUGAUAUUCUUCAAUUCCUCGAGGUCACUUAAGUGAUCCUUCGAUACGUUUUUAACUCAAGGGAUCACUUAAGCGAUCUAAAAAGUGUCCUCUCAAGGGACCUCUUUCACUUCUUCAAAUUCACUAGAGUGAUCCCUUCAGUUUCCUUCGAAUCGAGAGAUCACUUAAGAGAUCUGAAAAGAGUUCCUUUGAGUGAUAUUCUUCAAUUCCUCGAGGUCACUUAAGUGAUCCUUCGAUACGUUUUUAACUCAAGGGAUCACUUAAGCGAUCUAAAAAGUGUCCUCUCAAGGGACCUCUUUCACUUCUUCAAAUUCACUAGAGUGAUCCCUUCAGUUUCCUUCGAAUCGAGAGAUCACUUAAGAGAUCUGAAAAGAGUUCCUUUGAGUGAUAUUCUUCAAUUCCUCGAGGUCACUUAAGUGAUCCUUCGAUACGUUUUUAACUCAAGGGAUCACUUAAGCGAUCUAAAAAGUGUCCUCUCAAGGGACCUCUUUCACUUCUUCAAAUUCACUAGAGUGAUCCCUUCAGUUUCCUUCGAAUCGAGAGAUCACUUAAGAGAUCUGAAAAGAGUUCCUUUGAGUGAUAUUCUUCAAUUCCUCGAGGUCACUUAAGUGAUCCUUCGAUACGUUUUUAACUCAAGGGAUCACUUAAGCGAUUUAAAAAGUGUCCUCUCAAGGGACCUCUUUCACUUCUUCAAAUUCACUAGAGUGAUCCCUUCAGUUUUCCUUCGAAUCGAGAGAUCACUUAAGAGAUCUGAAAAGAGUUCCUUUGAGUGAUAUUCUUCAAUUCCUCGAGGUCACUUAAGUGAUCCUUCGAUACGUUUUUAACUCAAGGGAUCACUUAAGCGAUCUAAAAAGUGUCCUCUCAAGGGACCUCUUUCACUUCUUCAAAUUCACUAGAGUGAUCCCUUCAGUUUCCUUCGAAUCGAGAGAUCACUUAAGAGAUCAGAAAAAGGUUCUCUUGAGUGAUAUUUCUCACUUUGUCAAAGUCACCAAUUAAAUUUUUAAAAAAUUGUCUUCUCUUUCCAGUUUUUCUGUUUGAGUUAUAAAAAAUCAAAAACUAAAGGAUCAUCAUCUCAAGUGAUCACUCGAGUGAAAUGAUUAAACUUCAGGUGACGUCAAUCGCCGGCCUUUGUCUGACGUCAUCCGUUUUCGAUUUCAUCGUCUCCUCCCGUCUUUAUUAUACAGUUCCGGACCAUGUGAGUUUGAAAAUUUCAAAAAGUUUCAAAAUUUCAAAUUUAGUCCCAAAAGUGCAGAGUUUUUGAAAGUUUCAAACAACAUUUCAUCCCUUUUUCCCGAUUAUUUGCUGAAAAACUCUGUGGAAAGAGCGAUUUUUCGUCGCAAAUAUUGGUGUCGAAAUGUUUUGGUGAUUGGUUUUCGAUGAUUUUUUGGGAAAAAAAGCGUAAUUUUUCUUUUUUCUUGUAAUAAGCAUCUGAAGGGACAUAUGGAUCUAAAAAUUCAUCAAUGAUUCACCAGAGUGGUCCCUUUAGGGGCUAAAUUAGGGCCCUUAAAGGAUCCCAUCUAGGGACCACUUUACCUCUCCCUAUAGGGGACACUAACGUCCAAAAAAGUGGCCUCUUUAGUGGUUUUAGUUAGGGCCACUAUAGAGGAGCAUCCUAUACUUCUUUCAACUUUCAAUUUUGAAAAAAAAAAUUCAAAAGACCCCUACAGGGACCACUUAAACUCAAGGAGCUUAAAAGUCAGGCUUAAAACCCCUAUAGGGGUUAUUUUCCUCCUACAGCAGCUGUCUUUCUUCCUCACCCCUUUAGGGACCACUCUGGCGACCCUAAAGACGUCAUAAUUUAACUAGUGGGCAUAUAAAAUAGUUUUAAAGGACGAAAUAAAUAAAUAACUUCAUUAGGGAGAAAUCACGUUAAUAUGUUACUUUUCGGUUUCAUGAAAGGGUUUUUUCGUGAUCGAAAAUUGAUUCUAGCAGUUUUUUCACUAACGUUGACCAACAUAAAGAACAAUUUCCUUCAAAUUUUUCUCAAAUGUCGUUUUUUCGAAAAUCAAAAGUUUACCAUUAUUUUAGCGAAAAGCGCAAAGAAAUUGAAAAAGAAAGAUUUUUGAAAAAAAAAUGGCCUUGAAACAGUAAUCAACGUUAUGACAAAAGAUUACCGAUGAUUUUUGUAAUGACGUCAUAACCAAAUUAAUAAUGACGUCAUGAUUUUUACCGACCAAGAAAAUCAGGAAAAAAUUUUUUUGGAGAAAAAUAAACAUAAAAACAGACCUUUAAAUGAUUUUCGUCCUUCCCAACUUCAUAUACGUUUCAGCGAAACGAAAUAUACAUUUCUUGUUUUUUAUUUCCAAUAAACAAGGUAGAACCAUCGAAAAUUAAAAAAAAUUUGAAUAUGUGCAUUUUUCAAUGAAAAAUGAGCACUAGACGCCGUUCCUCACAAUUUUCAAAUGUCUGAUUUCUCUGCGCUCUCUCAUGUUUUCGUGCUGUUUUGAUAUGGUCAUGAUGAGAGAGAAGAGGGCGCAGACAGGUUAGACUUUUGAGGUUUUUGAAAGUUUAUAAUGUCGACUAGUUACUGAAAAAGUUACAUUAAUCCCAUCGAAAAUUCAUUCAAAAAAUUGGCAAUGACGUCAUGAUAUUGUUUUAAUAAUGACGUCAUAAUAAUUUUGAUAAUGACGUCGUGACUUUUUUUUAUAAUGGCGUCGUGACUUUUUUUUAUAAUGACGUCAUGAUUUUUUUUUAAAUGACGUCAUAGCCACAUCCAUAAUAUCGUCAUAACCACCUUGAUAAUGAUGUCAUAACCACUUUCAUUAUGACGUCACGAUCAUUUAUAAUGACGUCAUUUUUUUUUGCAGAAAGUUCUGCUCAACCCACAGCUGAGCUACUGGCUCUACGGGAAACUCGGCGGCCUGCCUUUUUCCUGUCAUUUUUGUUCUUCCCUCUGA